AUGAGAAACCAUACAACACUAACCACCUUCAUCCUCCUGGGAUUGACAGAUGACCCUCAACUGCAGAUUCUGAUUUUCAUAUUUCUACUUAUCACCUACAUGCUGAGUAUAACUGGAAACCUGACCAUAAUCCUCCUCACAUUAGUGGAUUCUCACCUCAAAACUGCCAUGUACUUUUUUCUCCAAAACUUUUCCUUCUUAGAAAUCUCAUUCACUUCUGCCUGCAUUCCUAGCUUCUUGUACAGUCUAUCAACAGGCGACAGGACCAUUACCUAUAAUGCUUGUGCAUCCCAAGUAUUUUUUAUAGCUCUUUUUGGAAUAACAGAAUUUUUCCUCCUGACCAUCAUGUCCUAUGAUCGGUACGUGGCCAUCUGCAAACCCCUGCACUAUGUGAGCAUCAUGAAUGACAAGGUCUGCAAAAGGCUUGUCUUCUGCUGUUGGAUGAUGACUUUAUUGACCCUAUUCCCACCAUUUUCCUUGGUCCUGGACUUAGAAUUCUGUGACUCUAAUGCCCUGGACCACUUUGUCUGUGAUGCUAAUGCUAUCCUGAACAUCUCAUGCUCAGAUACAAGGUUCCUAGAGCAGCUGCUUAUUGUCUGCUCUGUGUUGAUCUUCAUCAUGACUCUCUUGUGUGUGGUUUUAUCCUACAUGUAUAUCAUCAGAACCAUUCUAAGAUUCCCCUCUGUUCAGCAAAGAACAAAAGCCUUUUCCACCUGUUCGUCCCAUAUUAUUGUGAUUUCUAUCACAUAUGGCAGUUGUAUUUUUAUCUAUGUCAAACCUUCAGCAAAAGAUGAGAUGACCAUUAACAAGGGAGUGUCAGUCCUCACUACUUCCAUCUCCCCCAUGUUAAACCCAUUUAUUUAUACUCUGAGGAACAAACAAGUGAAACAAGCCUUUAAUGACUUAGUCAAAAGAAUCAUGCUGCUCUCAAAGAAUUAG